AUGGAGGCUCGCCGCAGCGGCCGCGUCGCCAAGCUGGCUCCGCCCAUCUACGCCUUCGUUCCCAUGCCGGCCGUGGAUGACGACAACGAGGACUGCAUGAUGCCCGCGCAUCGCUCGGCGGCCGCGCCGGCGCCCAGCGGCCCGGCAAUUGCAUCGUCCUCGCGCGGCAGCACCUCUGCCGCAUCGCCAUCGUGUGGCAGCGGCUCGGCUUCGUCGCCUCUCAUCAUCGACGGAGAUUGGCAGUCGGACGAGGACGAGCUUUCUGCACGCGAGCUCAAGCACGAGCUACUCGCAGAUGCGAUGCGCGAGCUGCGUGUGCAAUUGAACGUGGAUCUGGGCGCGCCCGUGGAGGCGAAAGAUCUGCUGCUGAACCUCGACGCGUUCUGCCGCCGUGUGGUCGGUGAGGUGGGAUUCGUGAACACGCCCAUGGCCGUCAAGGUGGCUAUAAGCUUCUUCUUCAAGGACCAGGAGGAAGGUGGCGCACCGGCUCUGCCGUACGAUCUUUGCGCGGCCAAGACCGGUCUCAGGCUGAUCGCCGAGGACGUCCUGGCGCUGUCCGGCGAGCAUGGCCAGCGCGAGGCCGCCAAGCACGCCCUCGAGCGCGGCGCGCGCGCCAAGCCGCUGCCUGCGCAACGUGCUCGCCUCGCAGAUCAGGCGGCCGAGGCCGGCGCAAGCGCCGCUCGCCUCGCUUCUGCUCCUGGAGCUCCUCCGGCGCCGAUCGACGGUCUCGACAUGUCCGACGCCGAUGCCGCUCUGCCGCACACCGGCCGCGCCGACGAUGGCGUGCUCGUCACGCACGCUGUCUUGCCCGGCCGCGCCGCCAACGCCGCCGAAGCGCCGCAGGCUGCCGCCGUCAACGAGCUCAACUCAGAGUGGGACGAGACGAUGGAUGUCGGCGCUCCGGCGAGUGCGUCACGCGCAUCGGAUGCGUCGGACGAGGCAUAUGCAUCGGAUGCGGCAGACGAAGCAUAUGCAUCGGAUGCGGCGGAGGAUGACGCAUAUGCAUCGGAUGCGGCGGAGGAUGACGCAGAUGCAUCAGAUGCGGCGUCGCCGGCAACGUCUGCUGCUGUGGCUGCUGCUGUGGCUGCUGCGUCGGACGCUGUGGCUGCGUCGGACGCUCCGGCGCCUGCGGUAGCCGCAGCCGGGCUGUCGGCAUCAGGCGCACGGAGACAAAGGGCCGCCCAGGGGCAGCAGAACCGCAAUAAGAAGAAGGCUGUCCUCGCAGAGGCGCUGAAGGACAACGAGCCGCCGCUGCCCGAGAUGGCCACCUUCUGCAACCGCGUCCUCAACGAGGCCGGAUACCUGCAGACGCCUCUUGUUGCAGACUUUGCGCAACGUCUCCGAGUCCAGGCAGUCGCCGCGGACGUCCUCAAGCCCCUCACGAACGCAAACCCCUUCAAGGUCAAGUUAUCGGCAGAGAGUUACAUGCUCGCAACUGCGCGCGCAGUGACGGGAGUCGUGAUGCAGCAGGGGGCGUUCAGCAGCGUCGAGAAGAUGGAUCUGGACAUGGCCAUCCUCGAGAACGGCAAGACCAAGAACAUUCUGGCGUCAAUCAAGAAGCUGCCGGCAGCUCGGACGAUCAGCGGGCGCUCGAUGCCGUCAAUCAUGGCCGCCCGCCGCGCUGUCGGCGCUUCGAAGCGGCGCGAGGGGCUGCGGCAGUAUCUCGCAGCCGAGUCGCAGCGCAGCAUGGGCUUCCUGACGCUGCGCCAAGUCUUCGAGCUGCGUCGUGCCGAGGUACAGGGCGGACGCCCCUACCCUUGGUUCGACGCAGCAGCGGGCAACCUCGCGCCGCCCGUCGCCGCCGCUGCUCAGCCUGCUGCGAAGUGGUUCGACGCAGCGGCGGGCAACCUCGCGCCGCCCGUCGCCGCCGCUGCUCAGCCUGCUGCGAAGUGGAUCGGCGCAUGCGACGCCGACAUGGUCGCGCCGCCCGUCGCCGCCGCUCCUCAGCCUGCUGCGAAGUGGAUCGGCGCAUGCGACGCCGACUUGCGCGCGCCGCCCGUGGCCGCCGCUUCGAAGUGGGUCGGCGCCUGCGACGCCGACUUGCGCGCACCGUCCGUCGCUCAUGCUGCGAAGUGGCUUGGCGCCUGCGACGCCGACAUGCUCGCACCGCCCGUCGCCCAUGCCGGCGCCCAGCCGAGCUCUGCGUCAGAGGCUGAGGCGUCGACGAUGGCCACGCACCUCGACUAG